AUGGAGAGAAGGACAUCACGAGGCCGUCGAAAGAUUGAGAUCCAUAAGAUCGAGAACGAGGAAGAUCGUUAUGCAACAUUCUCGAAACGACGAGUAGGAUUAAUAAAAAAGGCAAGUGAACUAUGUACGCUAUGUGAUGUUGAUAUGGGGAUUAUCAUUUCCUCGCCAACUGGUAAGCCAUUUUCAUUUUUUCAUCCUACUAUGGAAUCCGUUCUCAAUCGAUAUUAUCAUAAAGAACCAUCUAACAAUUCUAGUGAAAUUUUUGAGACUUAUGUCCGAAGUAAAGUCAAUGCACUGAAUGAAACACUUGACGAAAUAAGUGAGAAAGUCGAGCUCGAAAUGAAACGAGCCCAGCGCUUAAAUGAAAUCGGAGAAAAGCGCACAGUCAAAGGUUGGUGGGAAGCUCCAGUCCAAGAGCUCAAUAGAGAACAAGUGCAACAAAUGAAAUCUAUGCUGGAAAAUUUCAUAAAUCAAGCAAAUUAUCGAAUGGAAAAAUUGAGGAUUGACGAAGGUUUUUCUUCUUCAUCAACGCUCCCUCAAGGAAAUAUUCCCCACACAGUACACCCUGGUUUUUUUCCAAAUGCAGAUCUUCCCAACACGUUUCAUCCUGGUUUUUUCCCAAAUGCAGAUCCAAAUGCAAGUGCAGGUGCAUCAAUGCACCCGCAAGGAAAUUUUCUGAAUACAGUUUAUCCUGGUUUUUUUUCCAAUGCAAGUACAGGUGCAUCACUGUACCCUCGAGGAAAUUCUGCCAACACAGCUCAUUCUGAUUUUUUUCCAAAUGCAAGUGCAGGUGCAUCAAUGCACCCUCAAGGACAUUUUCUGACCACAGUUCAACCUGGUUUUUUUACAAACGAAAAUUCAAAUGCAGAUCCAAAUGCACGCGCAGGUGCAUCAAUGUUCCUUCAAGGAAAUUUUUACAACACAGUUCAUUCUAGUUUUUUAAGAAAUGCAAAUGCUGAUCCAAAUGCAAGUGCAAGUGCAGGUGCAUCAGUGCACCCUCAAGGAAAUUUUCCCAACACAGUUAAUCCUGAUUAUUUUCCAAAUGCAAAUACAGAUGCCGAUCCAAAUGCUAGUGCAAGUGCAUCAAUGCAGCCUCAAGGAAAUUUAGGAAAUUUUUCCAACACUGUUCAUCCUGAUUUUUUUACAAAUGAAAAUGCGAAUGUUUAUCCAAAUGCAAGCGCAGGCGCAUCAAGCAGUGGAGCUGGACACGGUGGUGCUUCUUUUUACAACCCCCUUCCAGGGGUGGAAACUAAUUUUAAUUAA